AUGGGAGGAACACUCUUAGUGCCAUCAGGCUUCUCGGCACCAGCGAGCAUUCUACAGAAAGUGGUCUUUCCGGUACCGUUCUCUCCCAUCAUGACGAGGAUCUCGGAGUCGGUGAACUCACCGGGCUCAAUCUUCAGCUUGAAACCGGAGGCGGGUUGUGUCUUGUUCAUGGCAGGGUAG